GUAAAUCGUCUAUUACAAGCAUACACAUUUCUCUGGCUCAAAUAAUAUGGACAUACUUGAUUUAGACGAUGUGAUCAAGGUAGUCUGUGAAUCAAUUUCCAAAAAUAAGCGCUUUUCAGAACUAUCUCAUUUAGAGCUUUGUGAUCUAUGGAAAGGCAUGUCUCGGUAUAUCACUGGUCAGCUUAUCAUCAAAAAGUCUACGAAUAUUCCUGGCAUUGGAGGCUUUUUUAUUAAAAAAAAUAUUGAAUCGCCUGGAUAUCAUGUCUACUUUUCUCCAUCACGAUCAUGGAACAAGAUUACAGGACUUCGAUUGAAUCAAAUCGCUUCAACAGGUUCCUGUGUUGCAGAGUCUAUGAAUUUCUCCUUGGUCGCGCAGCUAACUGGUUUUCAGAGAGAUCUUAUUGAGGCAGGUUUAAAAGAUAUAGUUCAUGGACUUUUUAAAGUGCUCAAGCGAGGAUCUACUGUAAAUCUUGCAUUUGGUCAGCUUGGUCGGAUGAGCAUGCAAAGCCACAGUAUCAAAUUUCGAUUUUCUCAAGGAAUUCUCAAAACACUUAAUGACGACAAAACUGAGAGCCAUUUAAACUCAACAUGCUCCCCACAUCAAAAUCUAAAUGCUAUGGCUUCUGGUAGCCAACCAAAGCUUGAGCCCAUACUCCCAGGCAGACAUUCUCCUACCGAGACACGCAGUCUGGAUCCAUCAUCCAAUUCUUUGGUGCAAUCCACUCUACCAUUAUCUAGCCAAGUAGAUACAUCAGAAAACAAUGCGAUUUCAAUGCUAUCUGGUACAAGUAGACCUCAGUCAGAUCUACCAGAGGCAUCAAAGUUGCGCACGUUAGAAAUGACUACAGUGAACGAAGCCUCACAGCCAGUAAACGCGGGAAUAGCUGCUGCCAAUACAUUAUCAAUUGAAACACCAUCCUCAUAUGACAACUUGGCUGGAAAGUCAGAAUACCCCAUCAAUGGUGCCAUCAACGCUCAUAAUCAACAGACAGAGUCUUGUGACAAUGAAACGUUUCCAAAUACUGAUAUUUCUGCAGCUACUGAUGAGCUUGAUGAGGCUGCGUGCAAGUUGAAAAAAUUGGAAGAGCUUAUUGACAAGACAUUUUCAAUUGAUUCAAGAAAUGUGUUGACUCAUACACAUAGCCACUCGGGAAAUAGACUCUGGACAAACCACAAAUGUCCAAUCUGUCGCACAAAACAAAUCUCGUUUGAAAAAAACCGUGACAUUCAAAGACAAACUGAACAGGAGCAUGAUAGAAUGCUACUACACUUAUCUCUUGAACUUGAUAAAGAUUUCAUCAAAACAAAAAAGGAUGCGGAGCGCACAAAAUUGAAGAAUGCAAUUAGUACUGCUCAUUAUAAUCACCUGAAAGCUAUGGAAAAACGUCAAGAAUUUUAUCAACGAGUGACUCUUCCAGUAGGCAAUCUGUUUGAAAAUCGCGAAGUCAAACGAGACCCAAUUCUACUUCAGCAAACUCUUGCUUUAGAUCUUAAACAACAGCUGGAAUCCAAGCAGGCUCGAUUAUUGGAUUUGCAUGCUCAACAAGAAUUGGAGGAUCGAAUUAGCAACGAUACUCUUAUUAAAGAGAUUAAAGCAGCCGAGCUUCAAAAUCAUUUGGAAAAAUCUAAACGCUGCAUGGCUCAACAAAAAGCACUAUCAGAGCAAAUUCGGUUACGCCAGUCCGACAAAGACCCAUUAGAAAAUGUGGUUUUUGAUAAUCCAUUUGCAAGAAGCGAAAGUUUAAUGGUUUUGUAUCAGAAAGAAAAGGCAAAGCAACUAUAUCAAGAGCAGAUGGCAAUUGUGCGCCAAAGACGCGAGUAUGCUCAUAAAGUUACUGAAAUUGAAAAACGACACUCUUUGGAUCGUCUUGCAAUAUCACGAAAAGAACUUGAGAAAGAUCUUCAAUCGAUAAAACAGGGAAAAGUAUUUGCUCGAAAAGGACUUGAAUCAUACUGGGCAGAUCAGGUCUUAUGGAAACGCAAGCUUAGCGUUGAGCUUGAACAUAAUAGUUGAUACUAAUUUCAGCCUAAUGCACUUCACAUUAAAUCUAACUGUCAUUUGCUUGACAGAGUCAAUAUUGCGAUACUAAUAAAGCGCAUUUUAUUUUAUACCG